GUAAAAUUAAAAUUAAACUUUUAUAUUAUUUUUAGUUAGGUAUCAAAUUUAUUUAGUUAAAAAUGAAUGCUAAUAACAAAGAAGAAAGACAGCCGAAUCCAAGAUCCAAAGCUAAUGUCUUCGAAAUUAUCACUUUCAGUUGGAUCUUAGGGCUUAUAAAAAAAGGAUUGAAAAAAGAACUCGAAGUAGUUGAUUUGUAUACAAUUCUUGACGAAGAUUCGUCUGCUUUACUGGGAUCCAAAUUAAAAGGAUUAUGGAGUAAUGAACUAAAAAAUUCAAUGAAUAAAAAUAUAAAGCCUAGUUUUUUGAAAGCACUAUUUCAAAUGUUUGGAUUUAAAUUAAUUCUUUGCGGAACUUAUUUAGCAAUAACUGACGUGAUAUUUAGUAUUAUCCAAACGAUUUUUGUGGGGAAAAUUAUAUCGCAUUUCGAAUCAAAAAACACAAAACACCAAUUUGAUAUGGUUGUAUAUUAUGCUGUUGGUCUAAUAAUAACUUCUUCGUUAAAAACGUUCAGCUCAAACAGCUACAAUAUGAUGAGUUCACAUUUAGCAAUGAAAAUGCGAGUAGCAACGUGUGAUCUUAUUUAUAAUAAAGCAUUACGGCUGAAAACAAAUUCUUUAGAAACGACCGCAGGUCGAAUAGUUAACUUGUUGUCAAAUGACGUGAUUCGAUUUGAUUUAACAAUUGUAUACAUAGCUUAUGUAUUCAUUGGACCUUUAGAAACCAUAAUAGUAACGUACUUCUUAUGGAAAGAAAUAGGCGCGGCAUCAAUUCUUGGAGUAGCCACAUUUAUUAUUUUUAUACCGUUGCAAGCCUGGUUGGGUUCGAGUGUAUCAAAGUGUCGACUUGAAACAGCCAAUAGAACAGAUGCAAGAGUUAAUUUGAUGAAUGAAAUAAUUUCUGGCAUAAAAGUAAUUAAAAUGUAUACCUGGGAAUAUUUUUUUACCAAACUAACUGAAUUUGCCAGAAAAAAAGAAAUUGACCAAAUUACUAAAACGGCAUAUAUCAAAGCUACAUUAUUGUCAUUUUCUAUGUUCAACACAAGACUCGCUUUAUUCUUGAGUGUUCUUUUAUAUGUAAUACUCGGAAACUAUAUAACUGCAUCAAAA